AUAUUUUUGCUGUGGAAAAAAACAGCAGUCUAACUUUAUCUCAUUUCCUUCCUUUGUAUCGCUCUGUUUCCGGAGUAGGUAGCCACAGGCUCUGAAUUCUCCAACACUUAAGACAGCCAACAUUUUAACUCUGCUGCACGACAACAUGGCCUGCUUGCAACUGAGAGUUUUUGUGCCAGUAAAGUUAAUGAAAAUGGCUUUUUUGAUGUCAGUAAUGUUUUUAUUAUGUCUUCAGACAGGAUUGGGCAUGAAGCAGGCUGGCACCUGUAGGCCUGUAUGUAUUGGAAGUGAUUGCGUAACUGUCAACCAGGACAGAGUGGACUUUAAAACAGCUGAGGAAGCUUGCCAGCACAGCAAUGGAGAACUUCUGACACUGCAGUCUGAGACUGACAAGCGUAUCUUUGGCAUUUUGAGUCAGGAACUGUUGGGAAACUUCUGGAUUGGACUGCGAUUACCAGCUGGAGCCUGCAGCAACCUCUCAGAUCCACUGAGAGGCUAUGAGUGGACAUCUGAUAACGUGGACAGGAGCUUCAUUCCUUCCUUCACCUGGAAAGACAGCGUUAAGCUCUGCUCUCCACACUGCGUGUCACUUUCAAAUGAUCAAAAAUGGACAGAGAGGCUGUGCUCAGACAAAACUGAUGGGUUUCUGUGCAACGCAAAGCACAAAGAUGCAUGCCAGGCACAAGCAGUAUCAGAUCCAGCUGUUUUCCAAGACCCUAAAGGCUGUUUAAGUGGUCCAUGUGAACACACAUGCAACGCUGUAAAGGGCGGAUACACGUGCUCUUGUUUCAGUGGAUAUAUCCCCGACAGCUUAGACCCCAGGCAGUGCAAAAUAUACUGUGCACAGGAGAAAUGUCCUGCGAUAUGUGAAAGCGGUUCAUGUUACUGUCCUGAAGGCUUUCUAAGAACAGAUCAAAUUUGUGAGGACAUGGAUGAAUGUGAGAUGGAUGGAUGUGAUCAUGAGUGUAAAAACACUUUUGGGAGUUUUGUGUGUUCCUGCCGAAAAGGAUACGUACUCAAAAAUCAAGUCAAAUGUAUCAAACUAAAAGACAGUGAACAUUUGGUCGUCACAACUCCUGUCGCUGUGGGAUUUGUUAAACCAGCCGCCAACAACACAUUGAAGGGUUCUUCUGGCUUUGCGGGAAGUUUUCUCUGGAUUUGGAUUGUAGUUGCUGUGGCUGUGGUAGCGGGAAUAUUUGUGAUUAGGUUCCAUGUUGUUAAGCGUCAGAGGAGCAGAGAACAAAAUUCUACUCAACAGUCUGCUGUUAUUGCUCCAAUGGACAAUAUAGACUGCUAAAUGCUGAACACUGAUUGUGACUCUUUACAGUUUGGGAGAAUUAUGGAUUCUGUGCUGCUUUAAGUCUUGGAUGUAGAUAAUGCAUAGUAAAGUAAACAGAGAAGGAAAUAAGUUAAGUAGAAAUUCAGGGCAUUAUUUAUCGUAGUUAUUGUGGAAGUAAAUGGAAUGGCCUCAGUUUUCUUAGUGCAUAAUCAUGAUAGAAGUAAAGCAAAAAAGCAUCUUUUAAAAAUAAAAAUCUAUUGCAAAAUUAUUUAGAUGAAAUGCUUGGAAAUACAAAACCAGGACACUGAAUCGAAGCACUAAUUGAUGCCUUUGGAGAUGGUUUUCUGAUGAUUAUGAAAUGGGAUCUUCAUGUUGGUCAUAGACGAACAUAAUGAGCUAAUGUGCUAAUAACAAACAAAACAUUACAAGUGUUAUGUAAGAGUCUUUAUUGAACACAUCCAUCACUAUUGGCAAUAAUAUCUGAAGCAACUGUUUUCAGUGUUAAGGAAGAUUUUUGCAUCAUUCCUCCUUACAGAGCUGCUUUCAGCUCAGCCAGAUUCUUAGAUGACUGGUGUAAAUGCCUCUGCUGAUGUCAUUCCACAGCAUCUCUGUUGGGUAAAGGUCAGGGCUCGAUGUUUAGGGUCAUUGUGCUGCUGCAUCGCCCAACUUCUGUCCUGACUCUACCCUGUAAGAUGCCGUGAUAAACAUGGGUAUAUUCCCUCUCCCCUCAAUAAUGGUGAGCCAUUAUGGCCCAAGAUGGUAAAGCAGCUUCAAAUUAUGAUGCUGCCACCACCAUACUUCACCUUUUACGGUAUCUUUUCACGUGCAGCAUUUUAACAACAUAAAUCUUCCUGCGUGUUCUUCCCAAACGAGUCAACUUUAGUUUCACCAGCCCAUAACAUGUUUUCCCAGUGGUGUUGUGGGAUGAGGUGCUCUCUGGCAAACUUGUAGGCAAACCUGCUUUUGUUUUUGUCACACCAUAGGAACCACACCUGUUUGAGCUUUUACUUAUUGUAGAUUGGUGAACAUAAACCAUGUUAAAUGAUUUCUUUAGCUUUUUUUUUUUGCCUCAGGAAGCAUUUUGCCUUAAAGAGCCUAAUGGGGUGUUCAGUGUGGAUAAGACCAACACAAGUACUUGUGCUUGAUUAGUUAGACUGCAUUGUACUUGUUUUUUAACACUGUAACUUCGCUGAAAGUCUGAUCAUAUUUUAAGACAACAUUGUACAUAAAUGCUUCCAAAAACUUUAUUUCAUGCUUUUUUUUUUAUAUAUAUAUAUAUAAAAUUCUUUGGGGUUUUAUUUGUUUGUUUUUUGUCUCUGUUGAAAACUGAGAGUUUAUUUUUGAUAUACAGUUUGGCAGCUGAAAAUAGUUUUCAUUUUAUGAGCUUACAUUAUAUUUCAUAACCAAAAUAUUCAUCUUCAGAGCAAUUAUUAAAUAAAUCUGUUCGACAAAUGUGCAUUCUUUGUUUAUAAAGAACAGUAUUUCCCUCUGAAAUGGAGCUGAAAACUGAGAUUCCUCACAUCAGCAUUUAACUAAAUAAAUGUACUGUUCUGUUCAAUACUUGACUUUUUUUUUUAUCAGAAUGUACAUAUUUAUGCCCAUACAUUUAGCUGUUUGAUAUUUACUUAGAGACAACAGAGGGUGAUUUUGUGUGUCAUUUUGUGAUCAUUUAUGUGUCCUGUAAUCUGACUUUUGUCAUUAACAUCAGCACAGAGUUGUUUCAUUCUGGGUCUUCUGACGCCAUCUACUGUCCUUAUGAACAAACUGCUGAUGAGCUGUUACACAAUAGUCACUCAUGGCUCUCUAAGCUCUGAAUAAAUCAUUUUAUUUAGAAAAUUG